AAACUCAACCGGCUCGUGUUUACAUUGGCUCGUCUUUCAAAAGUGCAUUGUGGACUCGUGUGCAAAAAAAAAAAUCGGCCUGCAUUCCUUUUUGGAUUUCAGUUUCAUCCGCACUUCAUUUCGAGAAGACAAACAUGAAUCGUCUGCUCAUAGCCAACGUUGUGUUGACGUCGUCCUUGCUGGUCUCGUGUACCUUGGCACCGUUCCAUCACCAUUCCAGCAUCCAUCCGGGUUUACAUGGCCACAAUAACCCGACGGAGAAUGGCGGCAGCAGCAGCAGCGGCGGCGGCGGCGGCGGCGGCGGCGGCAGUAGUAGUAGUAGCAUGGUGACAUCGGCCAGUCAGGCCAAUCAUGUCGGCCCAUCCAUCACGACGACCGCAACAAUGGCGACGACGACAGGGCGCGAUGUCGUCCGAUACACGACGGCCAGCCCGAUCGAUUACUGUCGGGCGCAGCCCGACAAUUAUGCAGCCGUCGAACCGGGUUCCAAGUGCCGGCGUUACUUUCGCUGCGCCAACAACUCAAAGUCCGUCUACUUGUGUCCGGGUAAACUCGUUUUCAAUGGCCAACGAUGCGUCCACCCCGGCGAUUAUCAAUGUCACAAUUCAUCCAUCAUCGAGCCGCCGACAGGUUCGCCUUCGUUGCCUCUUCCCUCGCCCAUUGCCAGUCCUGUUGAAGCCAAAAACGAGGUGGCAAAGAAUUGCGAUGGAAGACCAGACGGAUAUUAUCAAGACGGCGAAUCUGGAUGUCGGAGUUAUUUCUAUUGCGCCAGUGGAAUGAAAGCCAUUUACGUCUGCCCGGGCAAAACGAUCUUUGACGGACAGCGUUGCGUCGAACCGGACAACUAUACGUGCCCGCACAAUUCGUCCGACUGUCAGUUGGGAGCUGCGACUGUCAGCAACGGCUACCAGGCCGACUUGAAUUCCGGCUGCCGAAAUUACUACUUUUGCAGCGGAGACGGGCACAAACUUAUUACGUUAACUUGUUCUGACGAUCGGUUGUUCGAUGGCAAGAAGUGCGUCGAUCCGGAGCAUUACCGUUGCCCGUCUGAACAGGUGGUGGCCACCACGACGGAGAAAUCUAAAGCCAACAGCGCUGCUACGUCCGUCCAGCUGGAUUCGUAUUAUUCGUAUUCCCCUCAAUCACCACCUGCCCGGAAGCCGUCGGCCGUUCAAACGCCGACCUUUUUCGUCGUCAGCGGCCGGAACAGCGCGACGACGAUCCGUCCCCAACAGCAAUCGUCUACCCAAGUCGCGUCCAAAGGUGAUUGCGAAAAGAAUUACGGAUUUUUCGCUGUUGCCGGAACAGGAUGUCGCCAUUAUUACAUUUGCAUCGGCGGAUCGCGAUCGGACCUCCAAUGUUCCCGUGACACCGUCUUCAACGGCCAAUUGUGCGUCGAUCCGUCGCAGUAUACUUGCCCGGAAUCGAUCCACAAAUCGGAUUGCCAAGGUAAAUCGGACGGAGUCUAUCCUGACAAGCAGUCUGGAUGCCGCAACUAUUUCCUGUGCUUGGCGCAAGUGCAGACGAAUCUGAGCUGCCCGACUGGCCAGCUCUUCGAUGGACGCAGGUGCGCAGACAGCGGCCGCGUGACCUGCAACGAUCCCGCUGUCCACGAAGGGCGGACCAAUUCGAUGCAAAGUCCGUGUGCUGGAAAGACGAACGGCCUUUACCUUGACCAAAGCUUUCCUGGAUGUCGUGGUUAUCUCUACUGCCGGGCAGGCCGUCCUUACGGACCCUCGGGUCGGUGUACUCGAAGCGAACGAUUCAGUGGCCAGCACAGCCGAUGUCUACCCAAACACGAAGUGGAAUGCCGAUUGCCAUCGUCGCUAGAUGAUAACGAAGACGAAGAAGACUACAUGAUGGCAGAAGCGUCGGCCAUGCUGGUAACGAUAAGCACUGAUGACUUAAUUACGACCACCACGCCGGCCAGCAAUUAGGUUUUUGGCUUAAUGCCCUUUCAACCGUUUUGAUCAUAUACAUACAUGUACACAUCAGAGAAUUGGACCAAAUACGUUUUGAUGCUUCCUUUUCGUUUUUUGGCCUGAUCCCGCUUUAUUUAUUCCCGAUUUAUUGCCAAAACGACCACGUUUUCCUCAUGUAGAAGUUCGCAAUUUUUUGUUUUCAUUUUUAACAACGUUGAAUUCUAAAAACGUUCAACAGCAGCUGUCGUAUAAGCAUUUUGUACGUUUAUUAUCUGUUAUGUUCCGUUUGUUCCCGACUCCCGUCGAGAGGGAGGCCAUUCAUAACGUGCCAGAAAGAAAACCUUCCUGUUUUGACGUCCUUUUGUGUGUUUUGUUGGUCCUCGUGUAUUCCCCCGUGAAGUUUUUUUUUUUUGUUUUUUUGGUUUGAUUUACAAGAAUAUUUAUAUACGUGUAGAAAUGAAAGACUUAUCGGUCGAGAGUUGCUACAUUUUGU